GUAUCCAUGCCAUCAUCUCUUGGUAGUGAUGAGAAAGUUACUCUCCAUCUUUGCUCACUAUGUCAGCGUCAAGUGGCUGGAGAGGAUGCUUGUGCCGUUGGAGUAGUCAACAAGCCCUACGAGUGCGUUUUAUGCUUUGGACUUCUCGAUCCGGACUACAUUAGUGAAGUUGCGGAGGCUGUAAAGGUAAAGCUCAAAGAAUCACCUUAUGACGCCACCGCUUGCACACUGGCGCUUAACUUGCCAGUUUCACAAGUUCUUCGGGAAGUGGUUAUAAAACGGUCAAGGGCUGACCUUUCCGGAACAUUGGUUUCUGUUCCAUACAAGAUUCGGAAUAUCGAUGCUUAUCUGCCGAAACUUCGUGAGAAUAUUUGUUUUGUUGCUAAAAGAAUCUUUCAGGCGUCAGGAUUGCGAUUUGCUCUCGGUACUGACCUCCAAUUAAGUAUCACGUUUGAAAAUAACGAAUUUAGUGACUCCGACACAAAGUUCCUUGUUAAGUACUUUCCCGAUUACUUCGAAGCAGGUAGAAAACGAAAGCAUUCUGAUUCUCAUCCCUGUACAAAAGUGAGAGUGGAGCAGAUAUUGAAGCAGAUAAAGGAGGAUGUUGCUAAGAACUACAAUCUCUCAUCUCCUACACGUUCAUGUUCAUUCUCGAUAUCAUUCGAACGGGAACCGGUAAUUUUGGCUGGGCGAUAUUGCAAAUUUUCACGAUUUUUACCACAGUCUCCUUGGUCUUUCGAAGAUAAAAUGGCCCCAAGAGAGUCGGGAAACUCGGUAUCAGAAAAGAUUGUCGAUCUAAUGAAAUUGAAGUUUGGUGCUUGUGAGGCUCGGUUUAUUGCAUCGGGUAGGGAAGAUAUGGACGUACGGAUGUUGGGAGACGGCAGGCCGUUCGCUGUUGAACUACGCAACUGUCAUUUCACAAAGUCUCUUAGAGGGGAAGAAGUUGAUAAACUUAGGAUUGGAGAGGAAGAGAAGAAGAAGCAGUACGUCGCAUAUUGUUAUAGUACCCUACCUAUAUCCGAUGAACUGCUUGAAAAGGUCUUGAAGCAAGUCCCAGUUGAGCUUCUUCAGAAAACUCCUGUCAGGGUUCUUAAGAGGAGGACGUUGUUAGAACGUUCGCGAGUAAUUCACAGUAUGGAAACUCUUCGCUUAGAUAGUCACCACUUUCUUGUAAGGCCCUCACUAGCCGAUCUACUAAAUGUUUCGCAAGGCGAGCUGGAUAUUAUUGAACUUGAUGUCGAAAAGGUCGACUUAGAGUGGCCACCUAUUAAGUCCUGUCCAACAGUAUUCAGAUAA